CAUCGUUUCACAGAAAGCGACAGCAACCACGUGCGUCCUUAGAUCCGGAAGACUGGCCUUAUCCGGGACACCGAGCAGUGCCUCGUUAGACGCCUGCAAUGGAGGACAUUAUCCUGGAGUACGUGGUCUUCGGUGCGCUUAUGGCCCUCAACUUCGGACUGGGCCUCUACUUCUCGCUACGUCGCAAGGCACGCCUGGCCCGCACUACCGCGGAGGUCUUCCUGGGCAGCCGGGCACUGCGAGCACUUCCCCUGGCGGCCUCCGUAGUGGCGACUAUCGUUUCGUCCGCGGGAAUGGUUGGCAUGGCGGGACACUUCUACGCUUACGGUUUCCACCUCAUGUGGCAUGCGUUGGGGACCAUUGUCAUGGCGCCCGUCGCGGCCCACGUUUUCCUGCCGGUGAUGUACGGGAUGCGGAUCACCUCAGUGUUCGAGUACAUCAGGAAGCGCUUCAACUCAACCAUUGCGCUGGCCGCCUGUGUCAGCUACCUUUUCCUCACGCAAAGCAUUGGAGCACUAGCCAUCUUCGCGGCCGGCCUUACCAUUUACACAGUUUUUGGAGUGCCGUUGGUGCUGUGCAACAUUGUUAUUGGAAUCUUCGGAACUCUCUACACUGCACUGGGAGGCCUGCGAGGCGUCGUUUGGACGGACUGCGCUCAGCUAAUAUUCAUGGUUUUUGCUCCUGCUACUGUCAUCGUCAAAGUGAUCGUCGACAUGAACGCAUCCCACGGCAUAUUUCAAUCCGUCACUGAUUUUGACAUUCGUGCGUUCGUGGGCAACUUCGCACUGGAUUUUUCCCACGAUGAAACCGUCUGGGCAUCAUUCUUCGGAUGCGCAGCUACAGCUAUCUACAGAGUAGGCCUCGACCAGGCCAUUGUGCAAAGGUGCAUGGCGUCCCGCACCCUGGCAGAAGCUCAGAGGACGGUUCAAGUAGGAACACUUCUGCUUGCCACAGCGUACACAGUACAGCUUUUCAUGUCUCUAGCAUUGAUUUUUUGGUUCAGAGGAUGUGAUCCACAGCUCCGUGGUGCUAUUGCGAGUCAUGAUCAGAUCCUGCCAUUCUAUGUGAAAACAUACCUGGUCCACUUCAAGGGGUUCAGCGGAAUCUUUCUUGCUUCUAUUGUUAGUGCCGCAUCAAGCACAACGUCGUCCAUCGUCAACGCGCAGGCUGCUGUCCUCUACGUGGACGUUCUCUCUCGGCACUUUAAAAACCUAGAAUCCAAUGUCCGUUGGACGACUCGCUGCCUAGCGUUCCUUCUCGGAGCUCUUAUGACGUCCUAUAGCUGCGUUGUUGUCUACAUGGGAUCUGUAACGAGGCUCCUCAUAAUGUUUUACGGAGCCGCCACCGGUCCCUUCGUGGGACUUUUUAUUCUGGCCAUAGCCUUCCCUUUCGUGCAUUCAAAAGGAGCAGGGAUAUCCACACUGCUCAUGCUAGCUGCUGAAAUUCUUGCAUUGUGGUGGUCGAUUCACAAUGGAAUCCAACCGCCACACAUGCCCGUAUCGAUUGACUACUGUCCAGACAACAACACCGUUGCGUCUUUUGGCACAAACCUCACAGUCUCCUUUUCUUCGAACAGGUCACCGAGAAAUACAGCUUCGGUUUCAAUAUCACCAUUAUGGAGCUCUCUCCUUGGGAUGUUGGCUACAGUUCUACUCGGGAUACUCAUAAGCGUUAUCACAGGUGAGCACAGGCAACGGCAUGCAGACGUCACGCACUUGAGCAGGUGCUGCGUUCGGUUCUGGCGUUGGUUGGGUGUUAUGGAAUCUGAUGAAAGCUUUUCAAUAAAGGAAACGGAAGACGGAAAAGGCGAACCACAAACAACGAAGACACUUUUACCUCCCCUAAGUGAAGACAAGCAGGAAUCAACCGUUUGAAAUGUCAGAGCCAAAUGAUUCCAUUUUACACCAAAUAACCUCGCUGCGCAUUCAUAGAUACCAUGCCAUCUGUGCGAUAGUCCAGUAGUAAUAAAAUCAUCUAUAGAUCGUGAAUAAUUUAUGUUAUUAUCAGCAUUCUCAUUUUGGAUGGCGGCCCCUGAAGUCAGCGCUACAGCAAGGAGCGACCACAGUGGCUUCAGGAGCUUCGCAGGAUAGCACAUAUCACACGGUGAUUUCCUCGUAGCCUUGUAUCAUGCGCUAUAGUACAACGGCGGCAUUGUCGUUCUGCGUUGUUUUAUGUUGUAAAAAAGCCACAAUUUUUUUUAGAAUUAUUCUAUCAUUAUAAACGGAAUAAGC